GCCCUUUAAUCAAAUGGAUCAUGAAGCUUUGGCGAUUCAAUUCCCUUCAAAAAUGCCUUUACCUACCUUUUAAACACUUCACACCCUUUCAACAAUUUCGUUGCACCUUCAAACUUAUCCAAUCCUUAGCUAAAUUUUACCCAGACCCAGAAAUCACAUCCAAUUUAAUCUUAACCGAGAACACCAACUUCACACCCACCUUCAUUUCCUAUUCAAAGCUCUUAUCAAACUUGUGCCAAACCAAGUCCCUUAGUUCUGGUUUCCAAAUCCAUGCCCACAUAACAAAACUUGGAGUGGUUGGAGAAUCCCAACUUAAGAACCAUUUGAUUAAUCUUUACUCCAAGUGUGGAGUUUUUGAGUAUGCUCGUAAACUGAUUGAAGAAAGUCCUGAACCAGAUUUGGUUUCUUGGUCUUCUUUGAUAUCUGGGUAUGCCCAGAAUGGGUUUGGCGAAGAGGCCCUUUUGGCUUUUCGUGAAAUGCACUUGUUGGGUAUUAUGUGUAAUGAGUUUACAUUCCCGAGUGUGCUUAAAGCGUGUUCGAUUAAAAAGGAUUUGGUGCUUGGGAAACAGGUUCAUGGGAUUGUGGUCAUCACUGGGUUUGAGUUGGAUGUUUUUGUUGCAAAUACGUUGGUUGUUAUGUAUGCAAAAUGUGGUGAGUUUGUGGAUUCAAGGAGGUUGUUUGAUGAGAUCCCGGAAAGGAAUGUUGUUUCUUGGAAUGCAUUGUUUUCUUGUUACACACAGAGUGAUUUUUGUGGGGAAGCAAUAACUUUGUUUCAAGACAUGGUGACUAGUGGAAUAAAACCAGAUGAGUUUAGUUUAUCGACUAUAUUAAAUGCUUGCACAGGAUUAGGCGAUGUUGGCCAAGGGAAGAAAAUUCACGGGUAUUUGAUGAAGCUUGGGUAUGAUUCAGAUCCAUUCUCAUCAAAUGCACUUGUGGACAUGUAUGCAAAAAUGAGAGAUCUUGGAGAUGCAAUUGCUGUUUUUGAGGGUAUUGCAAAACCAGAUAUUGUUUCUUGGAAUGCUGUUAUCUCUGGUUGUGCUCUUCAUGAAUAUCAUGACAGGGCGUUGGAGUUGUUGGUGCAGAUGAAAUGGUCAGGAAUAGAACCAAACAUGAUUACCAUAUCAAGUGCUCUUAAAGCUUGUGCUGGAUUGGGAAUCCAGGAAUUGGGUAGACAGUUGCAUUCUCGUUUGAUAAAAUUUGAUUUAUUAUUGGAUCCUUUUGUUAGUGUUGGCCUUAUUGAUAUGUAUUGCAAGUGUGCCUUGAUAGAGGAUGCAAAAAUGGUUUAUGAUUCGAUGCCAGAAAAGGACUUGAUCGCACUGAAUGCUAUGAUCUCUGGACUCUCACAGAAUGGGGAAGACCUAGAAGCUCUAUCACUUUUUACUGAGAUAUACGAGAGAGGAAUGGGAUUUAACCAGACAACUUUAUUAGCAGUCCUCAACUCCACAGCUAGCAUGCAAGCUGUCAAUGUUUGUAAACAAGUUCAUGCACUUUCAGUGAAGUCAGGGUUGCAAUUUGAUACCUACAUCCUAAACAGCCUUGUUGACUCGUAUGGAAAAAGCAGCAAUUUGGAAGACGCAGCAAGAAUUUUCGAAGAAUGUCCAAUUGCAGACUUGCCAUCUUUUACAUCUAUGAUAACUGCUUAUGCUCAGUAUGGACAAGGUGAAGAAGCUCUAAAGCUCUAUUUGAAAAUGCAAUAUAUGGUGCUCAAGCCAGAUCCAUUUGUUUGUAGUUCUAUCCUGAAUGCUUGCGCAAACCUAUCUGCAUAUGAACAGGGGAAACUAAUUCAUGUUCACAUCUUGAAGUUUGGGUUUAUGUCAGAUAUUUUUGCUGGGAAUUCUCUAAUCAACAUGUAUGCCAAAUGUGGAAGUAUAGAUGAUGCGGGGCGGGCUUUCUCUGAGGUACCUGAUAGAAAUGUAGUCUCGUGGUCUGCAAUGAUUGGAGGACUAGCUCAACAUGGGCAUGGGAAGGAGGCCCUGCAUUUAUUCAAUGAGAUGAUUGACGACAGUGUGUUCCCCAAUAAUGUGACAUUGGUUAGUGUCCUUUGUGCAUGUAAUCAUGCUGGUUUAGUGACAGAAGCAAAACGUUAUUUUGAAACAAUGAAAAAAUUAUAUGGCAUUGAACCAAUGCAAGAGCACUAUGCUUGCAUGAUUGAUAUCCUUGGCCGAGCAGGGAAAUUGGAUGAGGCAAUGGAUCUUGUAAAUAAAAUGCCAUUUGAAGCUAAUGCCUCAGUAUGGGGGGCACUUCUUGGUGCUGCAAGAAUCCAUAAGAAUAUUGAGCUAGGCCAACGUGCUGCUGAGAGGCUUUUCACUCUUGAACCAGAGAAAUCUGGGACUCAUGUUCUUCUUGCAAACACUUUUGCAUCUGCUGGGUUGUGGGAAAAUGUUGCAAAGGUGAGAAGACUAAUGAAAGACAGCAAGGUAAAGAAGGAACCAGGUAUGAGUUGGAUUGAGGUGAAAGACAAAGUGUACACAUUUAUAGUAGGAGACAGAAGCCAUUCUAGAAGCGAGGAGAUAUAUGCAAAACUCGUGGAGCUGGGAGACCUGAUGAAUAAAGCUGGAUAUAUUCCCAUGGUAGAGUUUGACCUCCAUGAUGUGGAACGAAGUGAAAAGGAGGUUCUUCUCUCUUACCACAGCGAGAAACUUGCUGUGGCUUUUGGGCUAAUAGCUACUCCAUCAGGAGUGCCCAUUCGGGUCAAAAAGAACCUUCGAGUCUGUGUAGACUGCCAUACAGCAUUUAAGUUCAUUUGUAAAAUUGUUUCGAGGGAGAUUAUUGUUAGAGACAUCAACCGAUUCCACCAUUUCAGAGACGGAUCAUGUUCUUGUGGUGAUUAUUGGUAGUGUCCAUUGAGAAGUGUUUUUCCUCUGAAAGCUAGAAGAAUCUGCAGUUACCUCCACGUUUGUCCCAUUCUUUCUGUGACAUUGAACACUGGAUGGAGCCCUUGAUAAAUAACUCCCCCACCCCUCUUUCUUUUUCCAUGCUAAUUUUAACAGCCUGGAUUCUGUAUCCAAUUUUGUUCUA